GGAAAAGGCGGGACAAGACGUCAGUGGAGCGAUGUGGUGCUUUCAUCAUGGCGGGAUGCAUGAAAAUGAUAAACGGUUUUAUCUCUACCGGCGCUAAAUUAAUGGUUUUUGUGGUGCUGCUUAUCUGUUUACCUCAAACGUCACAUCAGGACACGGGUGACAAAGAUCCAGUAAUUGAUCUGGUGGAUGGAAAGCAGCAUGCUAUAGUCGGAUCCAACUGGUUCUGUUACAAAAACUCCAUAGUGCCAACCUGGAGGCAUACGUGGACAAGAAUUCAGGUCAACAUUCAGAGCUCAAACGUGUUCAAAGUGGAAACUGUGGAAGGCGAGGAGGAGCUGCAGCAGCUGGACCGCUUCAGUUUCUGGAACUGGUUUCAGGGUUUGUUACGUGAGCGGCAGAAUGAAACCACCAUUAACAUCAACCUGUUCAGCAAGAAGACAUGCUUCAAGAUUGAUCCUAGUGACAAAACUUCGUACACCAUCAAGCCCCUUCGCAGGUUUGAUAUCUAUCUGUUCUUGGUUUUUCUCUCCGGGGUGUUGUUGUUUGUCUUUGCAGACUCACUCAGCAGGAGUCAAGUUUUCUUCUACUCUGCUGGAAUGAGCACAGGCAUGAUUGCCUCUCUCAUCAUUGUCUUCUUCAUUUUGGCACGCUUUUUACCAAAGAAAAGCCCUUUUUAUGUGUUGAUUGUUGGCGGCUGGUCAUUCUCUGUGUAUGCCAUCCAGCUCGUCUGCAGGAACCUCGGCGUUAUUCUACGAGAGCACUGGCACUUGGCAUUAGGUUAUGUAGCAGUGGUGGGAUUCAUCAGUUUUGCUGUGUGUUACCGUUACGGUCCUCUGGUGGACCAGAAGAGCAUUAACAUCUUGUCGUGGACACUGCAGCUGUUCGGCCUGCUCCUGAUUUACUUAGGAAUUCAAAUUCAGCAAGUUGCCUUCGCUAUCAUUGUGGCAGCAUUGGUCUCCAAAAAUCUGGAGUACCCAGUCUAUAUGGCAGUCGCUGCAUGGAGGAGAAUCAGACGAUGUGUGCGCUGGAAGCCAGAGCCACGUCGCCUGUUGACUGAGGAGGAGUAUCAGAAGGAGGGGGAGGAAGAGACUCGACGUGCGCUAGAAGAGCUGAGGAAGUACUGUAACAGCCCAGAGUUCAGCCCGUGGAAGGCCGUGUCUAGGCUUCAGUCCCCAAAAAGGUUUGCUGAUUUUAUCGAAGGGUCACCUCACUUGAUGCCAAACGAGGUGUCUGUCCAUGCGCAGGAAUACGGCUUCGGAGGGUCGUUUUUUGAGGACGAAUUUUUUGACACUGACGACGAGGAAGAGGAGGCAGACGAAGAUAUGAAGCCCCUGAUGAAACCAGAGUGAGAGAGCACAGUGUUGGAGAUAAAAGGGAAAAAAACUGUUGUUAUUGUUGUCUUUCAGAAAGGUGGUUGGAGACCAGCUGUCCCCGGCCUCUGUGCAAACGUCCAGACUGACUGAGUGAUGUACUGUGGUUUAAGAAAACCCUGGACUGUCAUUUCAGUCACAGGACAAUCACAGGCAGAACUGUGUGGUCAGAUCUGUUAUCGGCAUGAAAAAAUUUCACUGUAAUGUGGUUUCAAAGAUUGUGCACAGAAGCCAGAUCUCUUCUCUUUAGGGAACAAAGGCUCGUGUUAAAAUUGAGGUUACAAAUUCGCUGAAACUCAGUGAUCGUGGUCAAGUCAAAAGCUUGUGAACUUGUUACUGGGUGCUGGUAGUUUUUGAGUUGUAUUGUCUUUAACUGUAGCUUAGAAAAGGUUUUAGUUGUGUUUUCUAAAUGGGCUCCCUGCAAUGAGAGCGUCCAGGUUACCUGUUUGUUACAUGGCUGUGUUCUCACCUGUCUGAACUGUCUGCGUGGUCGGCGUUUCUCCAGCUUUCUGCUCGGGGAGAGAAAGUGUUUGUGUUGUACAUGUAUCCACUCUUUUUAAUGGACAUAAAUCAGUGGAGGUGUCCCAAAGUAUUUUGAAUAAAAUAUAUAUAUAUAUAUUUGAGCUCUGA